UAUUAUUCAUGUUUCUGGAUUUUUCUUAAGAAUAUCUUUUGUAACCGCGAACCUGUGGUAUUUGUGCUGACCAAAGAGUGGCAAUAAGUUUUAAAAGAUGCAAUCCGCGGUGCUUUUCCUGGUAGCAAUUAUUGCUGCCGCAGUCCAAGGACUUCCGCAGCAACCGAACCCUGAUGCCGAACAAGCGCCUGGAGUUGUUGAAGAACAUUUCCAGAUCCCCAACGGCAAACUGGAACUUCCUUCGCCGAGCACGAACGAGGUUGAAAUUAUUUCGACCAACACUGAUCCCGAUCUGGAAAAGAAAAUUCUGAAUGCCAUCGUCGAAGAGCUGAAAGCUAAUUUCAGCGCUAAAUAUCAGGAGUUAUUGACGAAAAAGCUUCCUGAUGGCAAAUACCCGGUUCGAGGAUUCUCUGCCAGCAACGGAAUCGAACUCAAUGGCGACAUUACGGGUUUGCAAAACAUCAGGUUAUCCAAAGACUUCGAAGCUUUAGCAAACAGAUCAAAUGGACUCACCGCCUACAACGUCAAAGCCGAAAUGGAAAUCCCUGAAUUGAUGUUCAACUUCAAGCUGGUCAAGUACUUCCCGAUCGACGUUUUUAAAUUGUUCCCUGUUCGAGGCACUGGGGUUGCCAAUCUGACAGCUUACCUGCCCAUGGAAACUAAAACCUCACCCAAUGCACAGGCCUCGACCACGGGAUGCGUCUCUGCGAUCGACACAGUUGCCCGAGCGGAAAACGUGAAAGUUGACGUAGUGUUCACGAAUGCAUUGGGAAGAGGACUCCAAUGGAUCCGAGACAAUUUGCAUUUGGAUUUGGCUGACUCGGUCCUGUCAAACUUCGCCAAGACAAUUGUGGAUGUUGUCAUGAGCAUUUUGCAACUCAUCAUCUGCGGGGCAAUUGAAGCUGCAACCACGGCAGUUUUUGCGGGUUGAAGAUGAUUUAGUGAACAUCUUGCGUGACCGUUUACAAUUUAUAUACUGUACAUCAAACUGAAUUCAUUGACGUGUAUGCAUUAAUAGAUUGAAAUGAAAAUUUCUCGUACAAACACUUAUA